AGUUUUCCUUAUUUGCUGAAAAAGGCCUGCGUUAGAGGAUGAUGCACGUGGGAGGAGACCAGGAGCCCCUCGACGUGAGGCGUGGCGAAUGCUAUGCCCACUGGAAGGGCCAAGUGCUGAAUUCAGAUGAGCUGCAGGAGUUGUACGAAGGCCUGAAGCUGAACAACGUGAAUAAAUAUGACUACGUGCUGACAGGUUAUACGAGGGACAAGUCGUUCCUGGCCAUGGUGGUGGACAUCGUGCGGGAGCUGAAACAGCAGAACCCCAGGCUGGUAUACGCGUGUGAUCCAGUCUUGGGUGACAAGAGGGAUGGCGAAGGCUCGAUGUAUGUCCCGGAGGACCUCCUUCCCGUCUACAAAGAAAAAGUGGUGCCGGUUGCAGACAUCAUCACACCUAACGAGUUUGAGGCCGAGUUACUGAGUGGCCGGAAGAUCCACAGCCAGGAGGAAGCCUUGGCGGUGAUGGACAUGCUGCACGCUAUGGGCCCCGACACCGUGGUCAUCACCAGCUCCAACCUGCCCUCCCCGCAGGGCAGUGACUACCUGAUUGUCCUGGGGAGCCAAAGGAGGAGGAAUCCCGCUGGCUCCGUGGUGAUGGAACGCAUCCGGAUGGAUAUUCGCAAGGUGGAUGCCGUCUUUGUGGGCACUGGGGACCUGUUUGCUGCCAUGCUCCUGGCGUGGACACACAAGCACCCCAAUAACCUCAAGGUGGCCUGUGAGAAGACCGUGUCUGCCUUGCACCACGUUCUGCAGAGGACCAUCCAGUGUGCAAAAGCCCAGGCCGGGGAAGGAGUGAAGCCCAGCCCCAUGCAGCUGGAGCUGCGGAUGGUGCAGAGCAAAAGGGAAAUCGAGGACCCGGAGAUCGUCGUCCAGGCCACGGUGCUGUGAGGGCCGCGCCGCUCACCCGCGACGCGCAGCGCGUUGGUGUCUCCGUGUUUGUCCCUGUGAAAACAUGUAACGUCUGCCUUAGAGCCAUGACCGAAACGUGAUAUUUUUUUCUUUCAUGAGUGUCCGGCAUCUGCUGGUCUUCAUUGUGAAAUGUGCCAGUUGUGCUUUGUGAAAAUGACAAAGCGGUCACAGAAAUUUGUGAUCUGAAAACCCAGCUGUCUUCCCCACAAGGCUCCUGGGCCUCCGGGAAGACAGGCCCGUUUGCCAACUCAGAGGCAUUCCAUGUGGGAGGGUGAGUGGGUGAGGCCGAGCCUGCUGCGCCUGGAGCCUCGAGUGGGCCCUGGCUGCCGCUACCACACAGGGGCCGUGUUGCGCGUGGACUGGGCCUGGGUGGCCUCUGUCUUUGCAUCUCUGAGAAGGAGUUGGGUGGUAACUGUUGGGGUCAGAAAGAAUUCUGCCAGCUAUCUUGACUGUCAUUCUGAUCAUAGCCUCUUUGUUCCUGCACUUGAACUUUUGUUUCUUACUUUGCUGCUCGUGUGGUCCCUGGCGAUUUCAGAUCUUAGGCUGUUGUUUCACCGUACGGAAGGGUUGAUGUGAGCUUGCUCGAACGCACACAGGUGCAGCGACAGGGACUUUCCCAGGCCCCGGCAAAUUCCAGUCGGUCGGCAGACCUCUCAGGUAUCCGCAGGGCCUCCUGUAACCCGUGGCCGUCUUCCAGGAAUCUGCCGCACCACAUGAGGAAGAUGCUAAUGCAGUAAGGUCCGUGCUGGGCCGAGAGCAGCUUUGAAGCUCCAGAGAGCCACCCCGUCAGGUUCCUUGUGGAAGCUCCCCGCAUCCGUGCUGCAGCAGGCUGAGCACUGCACGUUUGCCACGUGCUGCCCGUGACAGCACAUCAAGCCACAGCGUUUGUAGACAGGACAGAGGGGUGCCCGCCCCCUGCCCCUGCUGGCACGGCAGUUCCUAGGCCCUUGGGCAGGCUGGGGUGGCGGCAGAGGCCACGGCACCAGCUCUGACAAGUCCCAUCAUCCUCUGCUCAGCAAUGACCUCCCUGGCCCCACUUUGCCCAGAGUUUGGGGUCCCUCCAGGUAUAGCUAUAGGCAGCAGUACCUAUCUCUGGCCUGCCUUGAUUUCAACCACACCCCUAUAGCCCUGCACCCCACCUCUGGGCAUGCAGAAGUUUGUGUCUCCAAGGAACCCACAGGUGGAGAGAAAUCGGGAGAUGCAGGAAGUGGGGGCCCAUGGGGCCCCUAGGAAGCAGACUCUCCAAGGGGUACCCCCACCCCACUACCUUCCCCACAGACGGGCCCCUCCCAAAGCCCACACCCUCCUGUGAGACCAUUCCAGUGUCUUCUAGAAAGACUCACUUGCCGGGAGUGCAUUCUUUGUUGAAAAAUGCCCUAAGGUGAAAAGAUGCAGGUUUAUUGGAACCCCCCACCCCCGUCCCACUCUUUCCCACUCUGUUCGAUCUGAACAUCUUCAUGAGUGUGCGUCAGGGCGCCCGGCUCCCUCACCUCAACCAGUGAGUCAGACACAGGUUUCCCAGCCGUGUUUCCUGGCUUCGAGGACACGAGUGGCAGGCCCCUUGCAGCCCAGGGCCGCUGGUCCCUGCAGGGCGCUGCCUCACCAGCAGGAAGGAGGAAGGCUGUAGCCGGAGCCUGGCGGGGAGGCGGCCUCCCCGGUGUGUGAGUGCAGGGGUCCGCCAGAGCCACCUGGGCCUCCGGAGGGCCUUCAGCUGGAAAUACCCUCACUGCCAAGUGGAGACUGCGGCGUGUGCCACAUUGCCAGCCACCAGGAAAGCUUAUCUUUUUCUUUUCUUUUUUUUUUUUAAACAUCAAGAGCACAUAUAGCACGGGGGAGAGAACCUGAAUGCCUGUUCUGUGAGCUGGUGAAAACCCAGCAUGAGAACGCAGUGUCAGGCUCCUUCUGCCCGUGCAGUGGGUGUUACGGGCGGUGUGCCCUGGCGAGCGAGCUUUGAUUCUCGGUUCUUUGAGGCUCCUUUCAGAGGCUGAGUCCCCACAUCAGCAUUAGUUCUUGGACUUCCCUAUAUUAAGCAAGAAUUAGGAGAAUGGCUGUGCCCACAGGCGCCUCCUGUAAAUCCUGAGCUCUCUGGCGCAAUCCGAAACUUCUCUUUUGUUUUCUUUGGCUGUAUCGGCCGAGCCAGGAGAGGCCUGGGCUGUGACUAAGGAGAAAGAAAUCAGCGGUUUCUGAGAGCAGACGGUGGCUUUGUGGGUGCAGGGCUUUUGUGGAAACUGUCAGCCUCUGUGGGAAGUGUCCGGCAUCCCCUCCCCAGACUGCCUGCUGUCACCACAGAGCUGCUGGAGCCUGCCUUGUCCACGGCCCAUUUCCACCCGGGCAUGUUCGUCUCUCGUGACUUGGGCAGAGGCCCCCGGUGGUCCUGCGUUUCAGUUUCCCAUCCAGGAAGGUAACCAUGGGCAUUGGCAGUGGGUUUCCAUAUGGCUUGGAUCCAAAUUAGAAUUGGUCUUUGUGUUCGCUUUCCAUCGUUAAUAACAGGCAAAAUAAUGAGAAGAAUUUACUUUAAGGUGAGAGAUGUAUUAGUCCAACAUUGCCUGCUCAUUGUCAGGGUACAGAAUUUUAAUACUUUCUUCAUCCAGUUUUUCAAACUUCUCCUUGUAGACCAUAAGGAUGAAUUCCCCGACAGGAUCCUUUUUAAAAUCUAUUUUAAAUUGUUGUCUGGUCCUGCCGAGGUUAGUAUGUGCAUCUGCUGUUUUUUCAAUACAUGUAAACAGGUACAG